AUGAAAUCUUUUAUACAGAUAUCUUUCGAUUCACAUUUUCCUAUCCAAAAUUUGCCAUUUGGAAUUUUUUCUACUCAGCAAAAUCCUACGCCCCGAGUUGGUGUUGCUAUAGGGGACCAAAUAUUAGACUUGACUGCCAUAACUGUUUUAUUUGAACAUCAUGUUUCGGAAUUGAAGAGUCCAUCGAAUGUUUUUUCUCAGUCUUCUUUAAAUUCGUUUAUGUCAUUAGGAAAACCGUUAUGGCAAGCUACACGAAGAUUCUUACAAAACAUCUUGUCAAAUGAUAAUCCAGAAUUACGAGACAAUGACCAGCUUCGACAAAAAGCAUUCGUGGCACAGAAAUCAGCUAAAAUGCAUUUACCUGCCCAGAUUGGAGAUUAUACGGAUUUUUAUGCUUCAAAAGAACAUGCUACUAAUGUUGGUGAAAUGUUCAGAGGCAAAGAUAAUGCAUUGAUGCCUAAUUGGGUACAUUUACCGGUUGGGUACCACGGACGGUCUUCAUCAAUUGUUGUUUCCGGAACGGAUAUUGUUCGGCCAUGCGGACAGAGAUUACCUGCAAAAGAUCAUCCCCCAAUUUUCGGUCCCUCCGCCAAGUUAGAUUUUGAAUUAGAAAUGGCAUUUUUUGUUGGUUCAGGUAAUAAACCCGGGGAGCGAAUUCCGAUUGAUCAAGCAAACAAACAUAUUUUUGGCCUGGUCUUAAUGAAUGAUUGGAGUGCUCGAGAUAUUCAAGCCUGGGAAUAUGUACCGCUAGGCCCUUUUUUGGGUAAAAAUUUUGGAACAACCAUUUCACCAUGGGUUGUCACGUUAGAUGCCUUAGAACCAUUUUUAGUUAAUGGACCCACUCAGGAUCCUGCUCCUUUAUCCUAUCUCAAUCAUGAUGUUCCAUCGGCAUAUAACAUUCAAUUGGAAGUAAAAAUGAAACCAAAUAAAAGUGAUUUUUUCAAAACAUUAACAAGAUCAAAUUUAAAGUACAUGUAUUGGUCUCUAAAGCAACAACUUGUCCAUCAUACGGUAAAUGGGUGUAAUAUGCGUCCUGGUGAUUUAUGUGGUACUGGAACUAUUAGUGGAAGUACUGAAGAUUCCAGAGGAUCUUUACUGGAAAUCACAUGGAAUGGUCAAAAUGAAAUUGAUUUCGAGAAUGGAAUUAAAAGAAAAUUUAUUGAAGAUAAAGAUGAAAUAGUACUAACAGGAUAUUGUCAAGGGGAUGGUUAUUUGAUUGGAUUCGGUGAAUGUAGUGGUAAAAUUUUACCUGCUUUACAAUAA